AUGUCCAUAUAUCGAUCCAACCUCUUUCUGAGCCUUCUGCUUUUUCUUGCUUUUGCUACAAAAUUCGCAGAAACACAUAACUAUGAGUUCAAGCUUAUAGCUAUUGGCUUAGAACUAGCUGAUGUUUGGGAAGGUAUCUAUCAAGCACAUAAAGUUAUAAAUGGAAGUAUUGGUAAUUACUAUGCUUGUAUCAACUUCUCAAGAACUGUUCCUGAUAGUGUUGCUCAAAGUUUUUGUCAUCAGUUGGUCCAAAGGUGCCAAGAAUCUGGCAUGGUGAAGAAGGCUUUAAAGCACGUGUAUACAGCCACUAUAAACAAACUUGGAGGAAAAUAUUUGGAAUUGCUUAUUUCCAUUCUCCUUAACAACAAUGGCAGCUUGUAUGGAUCAUUAUCUAGAGGAACUGCUAUUCUUUUUACUUAUCCACUUGAUUUAGUUAGAAUUAAAUUGGCUUACCAGGUUAUGGAUACUCCCAAAUUGAACAUGAAAGAAGCCAUGAGUAGCGAACAUGCAUUCAGAGGAAUUAGGGAUUGUUUUUCAAGAACUUAUAGAGAUGCUGGGAUUAGAGGGCUGUAUCGUGGUGUUGCUCCAUCACUCUAUGGAAUAUUUCCUUACUCAGGUUUGAAGUUUUACUUCUAUGAGAAAAUGAAAAGCCAUGUCCCCGGUGAUUACAGAAAGAACAUGAUGGUCAAACUUGCUUGA